UAAAUAAAUCCAGGCCGCAGAAUUUUGAUCAGCUGCAUGGGCAUUUUCUGCAUAGGUAUUGUUGUUGUUCGUUAAGUUUUCCUCCGUUAACUCUUUUCCUCGCCUACGAUUCCCACAAUCUUCGGUUCAGCAAGGAUACUCGCGCAAGGAUAAAAAUUGAUUUUUCGCUCUUUCGCCAGACUCCGAGAACGAGGUUCCGGUAGUGAAGGAAAAGGAUAGCAAGUUGUCGGCUCUCCCGGUCGUGUUGGUUUCGGCUUUUUAGGAUCCUUGCAAAGCGCAUCGUGGUUGAAGGCUCGUGUGGAUCCUUGCACUUUCAGUCAUUGAACGAGCUCGUGCGAGUGCAUUUUCCUGGGAGGAAACUUUGCGGGCAUCGUGAGCAGCGAGAGAGAGCAUUUUCCCAAUUUUCGCAGGUUGAUUGAAGCAGUCCAGUGAUAGAGGUUUGAGCUGUUUAAGGAAAGAAACGUUCCUCAAAAGCAACUUUUAAAGAAUGGAUGCGCUACUGGAUGAAGUUGAAUCGUUGGAAGCUAUCCUGAUGGAUGAUGUGCGAAUAACGAAAAACGCGAGCGGAUUUCCGGAACUCAUCGAAACGACCAUCUUUCCAACGGUCGGCGAAGAGCAGAACGCGCAGUACGUUUGCAUAACACUGCAGGUAGAGCCGGUCCGCGGGUAUCCGGAUGUGCGUCCGCUGAUACGGCUGAAGAAUCCGCGCGGUCUGGAUGAUCACGUCAUCGGACAGAUUGAGGCGGCCGUCGAUGAGAAACUAUCGGAAUCGAUCGGCCAACCGGUGGUGUUCGAUCUGAUCGAUAUCAUUCGUGAACGGCUGACGGAAAGCAAUCUGCCGAGCGGUCAGUGUGUGAUAUGUUUGUACGGCUUUCUCGAUGGUGAUGAGUUCACGAAGACGGUGUGCUAUCACUAUCUGCACAGCCACUGUCUCGCCUGCCACAUCAAUGCUUCGCGACGGAAUUACGAAGAGGAACGUGACAAGCUGCCGGUGUGGAAGCAAAAGGAGGCGAAACCAUUCCAAGCUCAAUGUCCCGUAUGCCGGGAACUGAUCGAGGUGGAGGUAGAACCGUUGAUGGGCUGUCGGCCACCGGUCGAACGCGAGAGCGCUCCUCGAUUCCAGGUGACGGAUGAGCUCAAGACGCUGCAGGCAAGAAUGGCUCGGUUGUAUAUGCACCAGAAGAGCCGCGGAGGAAUCAUUGAUCCGGAGGCGGAGGAAACUCCAGUGAUCGCGAUCCAAACCGAGGCAGCGAAUGGUGAGAGCCCGAAAAACAGUGCCGAUAUCACUGCUCCUGCGUGCGUCGCCCCGGAACCGGUCCGUAACUCCAACGCAUCAUCCCAUCAGGGUGGGAAAGGAAAGCAACAUUCGUCGGCAGGCAACAAGACCGGUUCCGGCAAGGGUGGUGGUGCCAAGGGUGGAUCUAAUCGUCACUCAACGGUUGCUCCUGCAGUGGCCAGCAGUAGCAGCACUUCCUGCUAUGCCAACCAGCAACACGCAAAUGGAACUGAAGAGGAUCAUACUUCACUCUGCAGCGAUCCGACCUGCAUCGGUGCACAGGUCGAACAACAGCGUGGUCACCGGAAUCGUCGCCAUAACAACCAUCACCAUCAUCAUAGUAAUCGACAUGCCCGACACAGCCAGCAACAUCACUAUCAUCACCAUCAUCAUCACCAGCAGCAGCACCAAGGUAAGGGGGUAGCAGCCGGAGGGGCAGCAGCUAAUGGUGGCGGUGGCACAUCGUCAUCAUCAUCAUCGUCAGCGGCCACUGGAGGAGCACCGAAAAACUUAACUACUCCAUGCAACUCCGAUGCCAGGUGACAAUUCGAGUUGCUACAAGCGCACCAAGGAUCGCAUUUGUCUCUUUACUAUGAAAACGCACACCGCCACCAUGGACAUCCCCACUACUACCGUCACCACGAACAUAGCAAUCAUCAGCAGCAUCCCCGAUUUGCAGAUUGUGCUCUGAUAAUGUUGAUAUAACAUUUAUUUAACUUCACUCGUAAGCUGUCGAAUCAUCCACAUCUGCUCCGCUUUGUUACGGGACUCUUUCUCCUGUUUCAGAGGAUAGCAUACGUUUCUACUUAUACUGCUAUCGUAAUCGUUACCAGCACUAUUGGAAAGAUACCCGCCGUUAGCAUAAACCAUAGGUUGCAGUUACGCUUUCGCACACCUUUCUUGAAACUUCCCCGAAACCAUCUUCCUGGUAGCGAUCAUAUGAUGAUCCCCGUUCCGCAAGGAAAUCUAACGAAGCUAGUGUGCCCAGAAAGAUUAUUAUCUGUAGAUCGAUCAUCUGUAACCGAUCCACUGCUAAUGGGGCACAUGCGAUCCGCAGUAGCAAAGGAGCCGGACUGGAAGGAUAUUAUUUCUUCAGUCAGUCUAUUUUUCUGUUUAAGGUUGCCAGCUGGUCCUUGUUGGAUUUAUUCGCUCGGAUUAUAGUAAGUUGUUGGUGGUUAUCGGUGAGGCAGAGAGAAAGAGAGCGUGCGUGAGUGGAAUCUGCGUUGCUGUGAGUGAGAAACUAUUAUUAUUAUUAUUAAUAUUAUUAUUAUUAUAUUAUAUUAUUAUUUAUUCCCCGAGGACUGUGCGCGUGACUGUGUUCUUAUAGUAGCGGACGAGGCUUUGUGUUUAAUUCUUUGCGAUGCCAGGCAUCGCAUUAGUCAAAGCAUUAGGAGCAUCUUCUCGGUUAUCCUCAUGUAGAUUAAGUUAGAGUUAGGUUGAAACGUGAUCGUACAAAUCGGUAGGGGAAAGGCAUCCGGAGCAUGCUAUACAAUGCCCAAUGAAGAGUCAUCUGUAACGAUGUGCCGGACAUCACGUUGUUGUAAAUAGAUUUUUUUUGUUUCUUUUCUGAGCGAUUAUUUUAGAAAAUCAUUGUCCAUGGGAUUCUAAAUAAGUCGCCAGAAAGCAAUAUUCAUUUGAAUAUGUUUCUUAAUCGUUACCAUACGCUAUCUGUGCUAUUUGGGUGGUUGAGACUUUAACAAAUGAGUCUGCGACAGUGAUUUUAUUGGACGAAUCCAAAAAAUGGAAUAUGCUUUUUUCCUACAAGAGGACUCUUUUGAGGAAAGCUAAACCUUAUCUCCUCUGUCGUAAAGUUCGAUUUUUUCUUAUUUCUCCAUCUUAUCUACCUUCCAAUGUUCGAAUUUAUUACAAACUAUCGCGUAUCAUGCGUGCCAAACGCGGGCGUCGAAAGACUAUACAGGAGGAUAUGUUUUAGUAUACAUACAAUCGAGAAAAAUGGUCCUGCGAGGUUUAGGAUGCUGAAAACAAAAGAAAAACGAUUAAAUAUUCAAAACAAAUCCAUUUUUUUCUAUGUUCGACUAUAAGAUACGAUUACAAUAGGAUACACGAUUACAAUUAUGUAUAUCAGUGAAUGUCUGAUAUUCCGGGAAAUGGAAUGAAAGAAAGAAGUAAAUUUCAGGAGUGCUCGUGGCGGACCUUUUACAUGGUUAAAAUGCUAAGACUGCAGAAAUCGCUGCCCACAGUUGUCGGGAACAAAGUCAUAUUGGUUUACUGAAAUGAUAUCAUUCAAGAUAGAGAAUUACAGGCAAAAGCGAGAGGAAGAAAUUCUUUUUAUAGACCGGAACUAUCAAUGAAACAGAAUGAGACGGUCAUACAAUUAAUAUUUGAAAAAAAUGGAUAACACAGAAUAACAUGGAUUAUAAAUUGGAAAAGACGAGAAAAUAAGUCAAGAAAAAAAGAAUAAGAAAUAAGUAAAGUUAGAUAAACGAGCCAUAAAAAUGAAUCUAAACAAUUGGCAGUGCAUUCUACUAUUGAACUUAUACUAUUGAACAAAGAAGAAAAUCACACACAGAGGAGGAAUUGAACCAGCAAGAAACCGAUUAAUUGUCUAACCUACCUACUUCUUAUACCACACGGCACAGCGAAAUGAGUAAACGGCAAGACUAGGACACUAAGUUUCUUGGAUUGGAUUGAAUACGAUGGAUAUGUAGCCACACUAAUAGCGAUCCUCCUUGCGGUCCCCAUUUCCUCGAAUCCCGUUCCUUCACUGCAGGAUAUGAUCAACGUCAACUCAUCGUCAGUCAGCACACUAAACUCAAAUCAAAUGAAGAACAAGCAAACCGAUAAAUCCUUCCAAGGGGCGUUAGAUACUUACUUGAA